AUGUCUUUAUCAGACUCUUUAAGUCAUAGGGGCCCCCUGGGUACAGUUGGGCUAUUAGGGGGCCCCCGACAAGGGCCUAUAGAGGGGGCCCCCAAGGGGCCCCCCCCCGGGGUUCCUAUGGAGGAGCCUCCUGAGGGGCCCCUAAAGGGGGCCCCUGCUGAGGGGGCCCCUGAGGGGCCCCCCCCCUGGCAGUGGCCUGAAGCAGUCUCCUUUGUGCUGCAGCAGCAGCUGGGGGUGUCUCCUUCGGCCUUUGCCUGCAGCACUGCAAGUGCAAGCAGCAUAUUGAGAGCUCUACGAUUUAUAGGGCGUCUGCUGCAGUUGCUGCUGGAGUCUGGGGGCCCCCCUGAUGCGUCUGUAAGGAAGGGAGAGGGGGGCCCCCGGGGGCCCCCCGGUCUCCCUCCAGUACCCGCAGAUCUACUGUCUCCUCGUAUAAGAAAGGCUCUAGAGAGAUGCUGCUCCUGCAUGCAAGCAGCAGAUGGGGCCCUCUGGAUUGAACUAGAGCAGCUAGAGACAGAGGAGACACCCAGUUGUCACCGGCUUGCUGCCUUCCUAACAACCAUCACCGCCAAGCUGAAGGCUUUAACCCCUGGCUCAGCGGCCUUCAUCCCUGGAGGAGUUCGUCUAGACGAAGAUGCGGCGCCUGUGCACAUGUUGUUUGUGGUGUAUAGACACCCCGACAGCAGCAGUAGCAGCAGCAGCAGCAGUGGGUUUGGCGGUGCAGCAGCAGCAGCAGCAGCAGCAGCAGAAGCAGCUGCUGAAGGGGGGACAGGAGACUACUUAGACAGCCAAAUUCAUAAACGGAGACACUUCACUGUUGCCCUCGUAAACACCUCAGGCUUCGGCCACGAGUACCACGCAUUCGCAAUAGAGAAAUGCCCCUCCCCAGGCAGCAUAUUAAGAGACGCAUUGCUAGUGUUAGAAGAUGUACGGGGCGAACAUUUGCUGCAUUCGUCCUUCUGGUUUUUUGUGCUGCGGCUGCUGCUGCGCCCGUCUCCUUCGGGGCUGCACUGCCUAUACACCUCAGUGCUGCCUCAUUUAAACAGCAAGCCGCUCUUUCAUAACUGGGUGUUAGAACCAGCAGAAGGGUCUCCACCGUCUCCUCGGGGUCUCUGGCCUCUUCUUUAUAGAGAUGCUGCUGCUGCUGCUGCACCCGCUGCAGCAGCAGCAGCAAAAGGCAUCGUCAGUCUUGCUGCUGCAACGCAGCAGCAGCAGCAACAAAUACCUAGAUCCCUUGCAGCAGCUAAACCCUCUACCUUAGGCGGCUUCUGGAGACUGUCUCCUUCCCCUAGAGAGGCUGGCAGUGCUGUUGCUGCAGCAGAAGCUGCGCUGCAUUUCUUGCUGCGGGUUAACGGGCUCUCCGCUAGCGAAGCACUGAACUGCCGGGUGUUGCUGCAGUGGAGUCUAUGCCGUCUGUUUGCUUCUCGGCUCUCCGCUCACAGCAGCAGCAGCAGCAGCAGCAGAAGGGGAUAUGCGUUGUCGCGCGGCAGCAACUUGCUGCUGGAGGCAGCAAGGAGACAGCUGAUGCUGGAGGCGAGCUUGCGGGCGUGGCUUCAAGCCGACAGCCCCCAAGGGGGGGAGGAGCUGCAGCAGCAGCACUUCAGUCUCUUUCAAGGAGACAAUUUAUUUCUGCUGUCUCUACAAACAGCAAAUACAUCACGUGCUACUAAGGGCUUCGGCCAGGGCUCCUGCAGUUUGCAUACGUCUGUCUUUAUAAAUCCUCUGGCGAAGCCUUCACCCCCGCAGCUGCCUGCUGCUGCUGCUGCUGCUGCUGUUACUGAGGAAGGGGGGGGCAAAGCAGCAGCAGCAGCAGCAGCAGCACGGGAGGCAGCAGAAGCAGCUGCAGCAGCAGCAGCAGCAACACCGUAUAGAUGCCUCGAGUUUCCUCUCUUUGACAGAGUGCUGCGCCUUGCUGCUGUCGAUGCUCCUUCUCCUGUCUCUCUUAUCUACUCUGGUAAGGAGCCAGGAGUGGGGGGCCCCUUUGCUGUCUCUUUAGAGGGCCUCAACUCAGAGACAACUUUCAUUUUACUCUCAGACCCCGAAGCAGCGACAGCCAGGACACAGAUACUGGAUUACUUGGAUUCUACCGCGGUGUAUGCUGGCCCUGGGCGUUUGUUAUUUAACUGGGGUCGGGGACGAGUGCCUUUGGGGUUAGGAGACAGUCUCUUUCUAGAUUCUUUGUGUCUCCGUCUAGCCUUCCCUCGGGGGUCUCCGCAUGCAGAGAGGCUCUUCACAGGACAGCAGCAGGAGAUGCUCGAGCUGCUGCCAGAGCUGCGCGCGGACGAGGAGAAGAACGGUGUGCUGCAUGUUGGUGUCUCCGCCUUUGGGGGCCUGCAGCUGGAUCUGUCUCCUCCGAGCAGCAGCAGCAGCAGCAAGGAGACAAAGAAGAGACACCGUGGGGCCUUGCAGCGUCUCUUUACAGGUUGGUUCUCAGGAUCAGAGAGUAGAAGGGGCCGUUUCUCUUUAGCAGAUCCCAGUAACUUGCUGCAGGGAUUGCUGCCUGCAGCAGCAGCAGCAGCAGCAACAGCAGCAGCAGCAUCCAGCGACGUGUCUCUCUCCGAGGAAGAUGUGCUGCACCUAAAGUGUCUCCCUUCAUUUGGAGGCCGUCUACCUGCAUCAGAUGCAGAGCUGCUGCUGCAGUUUCUUACUGCACCCUAUCUAAGAGUGCCGCUGCUGCUGCAGUUCUUUGGUGAAGGGGCCCGGGCGGAGACACUUUGCUGCCCCAUCCUGCAGCAGGUCCUUGCUGCUGCUUUGUUUGAGCCUUGGCAUUUCCAGCAGUCUCCUGCAGCAGCAGCAGCAGCUGCUGCUGCUGCUGCCGCUGCUGCAGGCGGAUCGGCUUCUGCAGCUGCAGCAGCAGCAGCAGCUGCUGCUGCUGCUGCUGCAGGAGGGGGCUGUGAUGUUGCACCCCCACCCUCCCGAGAGUGUCUCUCUACCCCGGUGGGGUUGUUGUUUAAUGAAUUGCUGCUGUCUCCUCAAUCUGUUCUGGAUGCGCUGGAGAGUCUCCUUGAUGCAGCCUUAGAGAAGAAUACAGGCUCGCACACUUCUGCUGCUGCUGCUGCGCUGCUGUUCGUGCUGCGCCUUACUGCCCAUGUCCUUAGCUACAUCAGGUGUAUCCUCAGACACCGCAGCUACUGGCAAGACGGCUGGCAACCGAUCCCGAUCCCUUCACCGAAUAUGCAGCAGGAGCACCUGCAGCAGCAGCAGCAGCAGCAGCAGCAGCAGCAGCAGCAGCAGGUGCAGCGCGCAAUGCUACUAGGGACUGCUGCUGAAAAGGGGCCAAGCGGCGUCUCUCCGUCCCCAGGGGAAGGUGCCAACAGCAACGGCAACAGCAGCAGCAGCAGCAGCAGCAGCAGCAGCAGCAGCAGAGUGUCUGGGUGCGGGUUUGCUGCAGCAGUUCGUGGUUUAGAUUGCAGCUUGGAGACAGCAGAAGUGCUGCAGAAGUAUUUAGAUAGAUUGAGCCGUCGGGUGUAUGGUGAGGUGAAGCAUUUGCUUCAGCGGUGGGUUGAGAGAGCGCUGGAUUGCUGCGACUUAGCUGCUGCUUGUCGCAUGCAUUUUCAUUUGCUGCUGCUGCUGAAGGAUGCACUCUGGGAAGAUCUAAACCUUCAGGUUGUAACGGAGACUGUCUCCUCUUUAUUUUUUUUGUUUGCUCACCACCCCUUUGCAGCAGACCUGCCGGGCAGCCCCCUCUCGCUGAACCUCGUGCAGCAGCAGCAGCAGCAGCAGCAGCAGCAACAGGGGGUGAGCCGCAGCAACAGCAGCAGCAGCCAUCCAGGGGGGCCCGGCGGUCGCAGCGGGCUGGCGCUGGGAGGCGAUGCUGCAGCAGCAGCAGGGUCUGGAGAGACCGCAGCAACAGCAGCAGCAGCAGAACCUCUAGGCUUCUCGGAUGCCGAGAUAUUCCAGCUGCUGCAGCAGCAACGUUUGCUGCUAAUUCGAUGGCUAGACCUUCACCCAGAGGCUGCGGGGACAGUUUUAGAGACAGCUAUUCAGACUGUUACAUUCUCGGGGACCUCCAUGAGCGCAGGCCGUGCAGCAGCAACAGCAACGGCAACAGCAAUUGCUGCUGUUGCUGCUGCUGAACAAGCAGCAGCUGCUGACUUCUCCACCUCAGCAAAUUGCAUCUCCCUGGAAACACCAGUAGCAGCAGCAAAACCAGAAACAGCAGCAGCAGCGGCAGCAGCAGCAGCAGCAAGAGGAAUGAAAGCUGCAGCAGCUGUGACAAGACAAUGGCGCGCUGUUGGUGGCCUUGGUGUCUCCGGCAGAUACAUCCCUGCUGCUGCUGCUGCUGUUGAAGACGCUGAAGGUCUGGCGACAGGAGAAGACACCCCAGCUUCUGGCUUAGCUGCUGCUGCUGCUGGUGCUGCUGCUGCCUCAACGGGAGAGGAGGACGAGCAGCAGCAGCAGCAGCAGCAGCAGCACAAGUCGUCAGAAGGAGUGGGGCUGCUGCGCGGAGCAGUGGUAGCGAUGCAUGCAGCAAUGAAGCGCAGCACUAUGAAGCUGUUAGGUGGGGAGACACCCCACCAGCCAGCAGCAGCAGGGCAAGCAGCUGCCUAUGCAGAGUAUUUGAAGGCCUCUCUGGCGAUGAAGUCCGAGGUCCAGGCCAACUUACAAACAGCUGAGCUGUCUCUGCGGCAGAACCACAUGCAGCUGCUGGGUUCGUGGGCCAAUGGGUUUAAAGAUUUUCUUUGUCUCUUCGGCCCCGUCACUCGGCUGUCUCCUCUGCAAACUGCUAUUGUUGAGGAGACACCUGAACGUCUCUGGCUUAGGCUCUUGGGUCUAGACCACGACUUAGUCCGGUGGAGCCGAAGUGUCUCCUUUUUAUCAACAACUGAUUUGCUGCGAUCUGCCUUCCCCCGGCAAUACCGCGUGGGCAGCAGCAGCUGCUUUGAGGCUGAGGAGGCGUGGGUGUCUCCUCGUGCUGCUACAUUCUUCUCUAGACAUUUUGUUGGGGCUCAGGUGUACGUACAGCGCCCCCCUAGGCUGAGGGGACUGCAGGCAGCACACCAACUCUUUGGAGACUGGAAGCGAGGCGUCACACGUCGUGCUGCUGCUGCUGCUGCUGCUGCUGCUGCUGCUGUGACCACAAAAACAGCAGCAGGAACAGCAGCAGAAGCAGCAGCAGAAGCAGAAGCAAUGCAGCAAGACGGAAGCAAACUACAGACAUGUGACACAGACGAGGGCACCAUGUCUCCUGUCUCUACCGAGGAGGAUGCUACCAGCAGCAGCAGCAGCAGCAUCAACAGUAGCGGCAGCAUCAUGCGCUUCUGCGUGUGGGUCCCUGACGUGUCUCCGCUGGAGACGAACGAUCCCAGGGAGCUGCUGCCAGUGGAGGCAGCGGGGCCGGUGGAGUUGAAGGUCCUUUCAGAGGCCUUUGAGGCCCAAGCUGCUCGCGGGCCUGAUGAGGCGCCGACGGUUGCCUGUGCGUACACUGCUGCUGCUGCUGCUGCUGCUGUUGCUGCUUCUGACUCUGCCGUUGCUGAUGCUGCUUCUGGUUCUGUUGCUGCUGAUGCUGCUUCUGGUUCUGUUGCUGCUUCUGUUGCUCCUGCUGUCUUUUUUGCUUCUGUUGCUGAUGAUGCUGUUGCUGCUGCUGCUGCUGUUUGUAAACUGCAGCACGACAGGCCCCUAGACUCUGUUGCUGUUGCUGCUGCUGCAGCAGCAACAGCUGCUGCUGCUAUGCUUUGUUGCGGCCUUCUAUCUCCUAUUCAGUGCAUGCAUGGUGUACUGUCUUUGUGUUUGGUUUGCUGUCGUGCAGCUGCGCUGUUGACGAGCGGCGUAGCAGCAGCAGCAGCAGCAGCAGCAGCAGUAUCUGGUGGUGGGGGGCCCCCCGGGGAGACAGCUGCUGAGGGACGGCCUGCCAGUUUAAAAGAAGUUGUUUUUCUAAGGAGUCCCCCAGUGGUGUUUGUGUUUGACUUGGUAGAGAGCGGGCGUCAGGUGUAUAGGCAGCUUUGCUUCUCUUCUUCUCUUCGUUCAUCGUUUGAUUGCUGCACGACAAAGAGGCUCUCGCCUCCCUCUGAGGAGACACCUUCAGAGGCCCCUGAGCUUGCAGCAGGCUCCAUGUACACUGCACCAGACCUGGGUCUUGCUUCAGAGGACGACAUAGCAACAGCAGCUGCUGCUGUUGUUGCAGGCGGCAGAGAGGACGCUGCUGCAGCAGCAGCAGCAACAGCAGCAGCAGCAGCAGCGAGAGAAGCAGGCCUUCAGCAGGCCUCUUCAGGCCCAGAUGCAAAGGGCCUCUUUGCUCCUUCUCUAGUAGUUGCGAGGCGUAGGGGCCCCGGGGGCCCCCGUGAGAUGUAUAUACCUUCUCGCCAUCUCCGGGGUCUGCUUCCUUUCUGUCUGCUGGAGGACUUUGAGUUUUGGUUAUGUGAAGAGCUGUCUCUUCUCACUGGCUAUCAGCGCCCUCAAGCAGCAGCAAAAACCCUCAAUCCCUUUCGGCUGUAUGUACACCUCAUUCAUACAGCAGAGGGGACAGGGCUCUGUGCAGAGGCGAGCGCUAUUGUGCGGAGAGUAGGCCUCAAGCCCCGCAAGCAGCAGGCGUCUAAGACAGCUGCCACCUUCAGCAGCAGCAGCAGCAACAGCAGCAGCAACAGCAGCAGCAGCAGCAGCAGGUGUUACCCGGAGGAUGAGGAGGAUCCUAGUGCGCCGGAAGAGACACUUGUGAAUCUGCUGCUAGCGCCUGAAGGGUCUCCUGUCUCUCAUCUAAGAGACAGUCUCCUUAGAGUGGAGGCCCUCAGCCACAUUCUUGUCUGGACCAGAGCAGCAAGGAGACCCCACACCCCACAAGACACAGACGCCCUCUCCUGCGAUGCUGGGAGUAUAGAUGCGAUUGAGCUGCCACGCCUGGGCGUCUCCUUUAAGGCGGUGCGAAUGCCUCAGCGUUCCUCCGCCCCCCAGCAGCAGCAGCAGCAACAGCAACAGCAACAGCAGCAACAGCAGCAACAGCAGCAGGGCCCGCAGGUGAAGCUGGUGUGCGAGCAGCAUGCGGGGCUGUUUUUAGCUUCUGGAGACAUCUUGAGGUCUCCUCUUGCAAGUCGGGUGCUGCAGGGCUUGCAGCCAUCUUUGCUGCUAACGAACGAUGAAGGAGAGCUGUUUGUUCUUCUUGCUGCUCUUAAUAAACCCCUGAGAGUAUUGCAUAACCCCUUGGCUAGGCAUUUGCUGCUGGGCCCAGAGGAGCUCGCAGCAGCAGCACCCACUGCAUCCCCUGUCGCUGCUGCUGCUGCCGCUGCGGCGGCGGCGGCUGCUGCUGCUGGGAAUGCCGCUGCUACUGCUGCUGAGGCGCUCUCCCUCAACCCCUGGGCUGCAGCACAGAGACAACGCGAAGCCGAUCAACGGCUGCUGCAGCAGGCAGACCUUGUGCUGGAUGCGGUGUCUCCUGAGGUAGUGUUUGAUCCGUGCGACAGCAGUUGGGUCUCUUCUUUUUCUGGUGCUCGGCACUGUCUCUGCAGCUUGCAUGCAUCUCGCUCCUUUCUCUUUAUCCCCACAGUUGCUGCUGGGCUGUAUGUGCUGCUGCUGCGAUAUCUCAACCGCCAGUUUGAGGCAUUUUGCACCCUUGCGGAUUCUCUGUCUCUUUCGGAAGAAGACGGAGACACCAGCAGCAGCAGCAGCAGCAGCAGCAGGGGGAAUGCAGCAACAGCAGCAGCAGCAGCAGCAACAGCAGGGGAAGAAGCAGAGAUGUGGAGACACAUUAAUGCUGUCAUGGGCCGAUGCCCUGACCCUCAUCCGGAUGCUGUUGCUGCUCGUCUGCGUCUGUGGCUCGCAGCAAACCGUCAGGGUCUAACUGCUCACCCAGCAGCAGCAGCAGCAGAUCUCCAGCAGCAGCAGCAACAGCAGCAGCAGCAUCAGGAGCGCGAGGGUAGCGGCAGUAGCACCAAGCCAAGCAGCAGCACCAGCAGCAGCACCAGCAUCCGCGGCAGCACCAGCAGCAGCAGCAAGUGGGGACGCUCUUCUCGAAGUAUGCAGUGGACGAAGCGUUUUGGGGGUAUAUUAAAUAGGCCUUGGGGAGUAGGGCGAUCCCCGGAGUCCCUUCCGGGUGUCUCUGUGGGGUGCCGCCGUGCUGCACGCAUUGAUUCUGCUUGGCCUCUUGCGCAAGACAUCCUUGCGUAUGUAAGGAGACACCCCUUUGUCUCCUCUGCUUGUCGUCUCCCCCUAUCAGAGGAGCUUGAGCUGCUGCGCCUGUGUCCCUCCAGCCACCAGUCUAUAGCAGAGGUAGCAAACCGACAGGCUGUGCUGGAGGCGCUGCUGCAGCAGGACAAUGCUGCUGCUGCUGCUGCUGCAGCAACAGCAGCAGCAGGAACGGCAACAGCAGAUGGAACGGAUGGAGCUUCGCUAAAGUGGGAUCGAUCGAUCCCCAGGGCCCCAAAGGAAGGAGGAGACAGGGAGCGGCUGCGUUUGCUGCUGUCUGUAGAGGGGGCACAAGCAGUGCGGGUGGUGUCUCCUUCCCUACCUCCUGUUGAAGACUUCGAUGCUGUUGAAGACAUUACGGCCCUUGCUCCUUUAACUUGCAUCUCUACGCUAGUAGAUGCAUGCGGGGGGUCUCUGGUGUACAGACGGCCGGAAGAGGAGACACUUAGAGGAGCGGAGGGUCUUGAGUUUAUUAGCAAGACAAUCGAGCGAGGUGUGAAGACAGCAGAUUUCUUGCUGCUUUACGAGCUGCUAACAGACUGUCUCCCUCUUCGGGUGUCUCCAGGAGAAGCCCCGCGUCUGUGGGGCGCGCUGCUGCUGCGGUGUCUCCCCACCUGGGAGCUGCGCAGCAAGAGCCGUCUCAUAUCUAUCUUGCGGUUGCUGCUAGCAAACCCACAUCUUGCGGGCAGCUUCCCUAAGCUGCAGGAAGAGAAGAGACUUAAGCUGCCUCUGGGGCUUGCUCUCCGGUCUCCUGAGCCUCUCCAGCAGUUGUUUAGAGAUAUCAGCACUGCUUUUACUCAUCUUAGAGACACUGCGCAGCUAAGGAUGCCUCCAGUGCUGCCAGAGGGGCUGCUGGGGACCCCCCCUGACUCCACAGCAGUGUUUGGGCCUUCCCACUGGACUCGGCGUUUCCUUGUGUCUCCUCGAGCAGCAGAUUGCUCUUGCGAGAGGCGUUUGCUGCUGCCUGUAGACGGGGCGCAGUAUGCACCCGUGAUGGAAGCAGCAGCAAGUCUUGCUGCUGCUGGUGCUGCUGCUGUUGGUGCUAGCGGCAGCAGCAGCAAGACGCAGGAGGAACUGCUGCAGGAGGCGCGGGCAGCAGCAGCAGCAGCAGCACGAGAGGUGGUUGUGGGGCCCGAGCUGCUGGGUGCCCUUAUAAGGAGGCCUUUAGAGACAGUUGUUGGGAGCUCUCUUAUCUGUUAUGAUGCUGCUGCUGCUGCUGCAGAGGAGACACAACAGGGGCGUCUCCCUUUUGAUUUGUCUCUUGAUCCUGUCUCCAAGACGGGAAUAGGCAAGAGGACAAUUCAAAGACUCCGCAAGGAAGUAGCAGCAAACGCUAAAAAGCAGCAGGAGGCAUCUUGCCGUCUGUGUCUCUCUGGAUUUCGUCGUGAAGAGAUAGCUAGUUUGCUGCUGUCUCCUCGUUCUCUUGCUGCACGUGUCUCCGAUUUAGCUGCGCUGCGGCAGCGGCUGCUGCAGACCUUUAUGCAAGAUGGCCGCUUCACUGAGAGGGGUAUUCGUCUCCUUCAGGCAUUGGUGUCCCACGUGCACGGCCUUGACGUGCAGCAGCAGCAGCAGCAGCAGCAGCAGCAACAGCAGCAGCAGCAGGGAGAGCGGCAGGAGUUGCUGCUGGCAGCAAUGCAGCACCAAGAGGAUAUUGAAAGAAAUUGCCUCAGCUCGUACAAACUCAGCUGCAUGCAGUGGGCCCAUGUACUAGGGCGAGCAGCAGGGACAGAAGCAACUGUCUCCUUUGAGGCUCUAGUGUCUCUUUCUAUGUCGCAGCACGGGGAGGAGACCCUGCUGCUGCUCAACCCUUUCCUCACACCUCAGAUGGUUCGGGAUAUCUUUAGCCUUGUGGGGGCCGUCAUGCUGUCAGUCAAUCGCCGGGCGCAGGUCUGCCGCUGUCUCCAGGGGACACUCGAGUUGAUGCAGCUGCUUAAAACCUUCUCUACUCGUGCAAGAGCAGCUGCAGAGGAAGAUAGAAAGCCGCAGCACGUGCAGCAGCAGCAGCAGGUGCAGCAGCAGGUGCAGCAGCAGCAGCAGAUGCUGCUGCAGCCGAGGUUCCCAGAAGGGUCGGAUGCAAAAGGCGGGGCAGCAGCUCAAGCUGCUUCCCUGGGUGCAGCAUUACCAGCAGCAGCAGGGACAGCAGCAGCAGCAGCAGAUGUGGGCCCUGCAAUGAAGAAACUCUUGUCUCAGGCUGUCCCUGCGCUGCACAUGAAGGCUCAGUCUGUAGCAGAGCUAGUAAGCAGCGGGAGGCACUUCAUGCAGGAGCUGUCUCCGGAGACAGCUGCUGCUGCUGCUGCUGCUGCUGAAAGGAGUAGCUGUACUGCUGCUGCUGCUGCCGUACCGUUGAGCCCGGGUGGUGAGACAGCCGCUGGUGAAGCAUGGGGGAGCAACAGCAGCAGCAACAGCAGCAGCAGCAGCAGCAGCAUGGCAGCUGGAGCGUGUUUUGACCCUCGUUAUUUGGUGUUUGAGUUUGCAUAUAGUUUGCUGCUGCGGCGGGCUCAGGUGCUGCUGCUGCAGCAGUUUCGUUCGAGUGUACAGGCAGGUUUGUCUUGCUGCCAGCAAAUGAUCAUGGGGGCAGGGAAGACAACCGUUGUAGCACCGCUGCUAGCUUUGCUGCUUGCUGAUGGGCAGCAGCUUGUUGUCUCUGUAGUCCCUCCUUCUUUGCUGCCCUUCUCUUGCUGCGCUCUUCGGGAGAGGUUCAGCGCUAUCUUUCAGAAGAAUGUCUUCGUUCUUUCAUUUUGUCGUGAAGAUGUUUUGUCUCCUGGGCUGUACAUGAAGCUGCUGCAGAUAAGAGACAGCCGAGGAGUGGUCGUCACCACCCCUGCAGCAAUCAAAUCCUUGCUGCUUAAGGCCCUCCAUCUAAUGCAUUUCUUGCAAGCCGCUGCAGCAGAGACUGCAGCAAAGGGGACGCUUAAGAAAAGUAUUUCUGCUGUUGAAGCAAUCGGUGCAUCUCAUCUCCGCAAGCUUCAAUCGCAACUCUCCAGGCUCCUUAGAAUGCCCAGAGCCGCAUCGGGUUCAUCUCUGGACGACAUGGAGUCAGGAGCAGCAGCAGCAGCAGCAGCAGCUUCUUCUUCUUCUUCUUCUUCAUCAUCUAUUCUUACAGAGCAGCAGCUACGCAGCUGCCGCCGUGAAUUAGAUAUGUCUUUGAGGGUAUUGGAGUUAUUUAAGUCCGGCAUUUUAAUUGUUGAUGAGAUCGACGAAGUGCUGCACCCUCUUAAGAGCGAGCUGCACUGGCCUAUGGGUCAGAGACAGCCCUUAGACUUCACUGCUGCUCCUGGGGAUGUCUCCCUUGCUGCAUCUACAUCUUCUGCAUCUGCUGCUGCUGCUGCUGCUGCGCAGCAGCAGCAGCAGCAGCAGAUCCAGCAGAUGCAGACGCAGCAACAGCAGUCUGCUGCUGCUGCUGCUGCUGCAGCAGCAGCAGCUGGUGCUGCUGCUGCAGGAAUCUCUGAACCCCUUAUCUCCCCCAGGCAAAUAGAAGAGCCGCUGCUGUGGCUGUUCUGCAGCGAAGAAGGCAUGCGGUGGCAGCUCCCCUGGUUUCUGCUAGACCCUAUCUUCUAUUUCUACACCGGGAAGAUAACUGUCUCUUGUACAGGGACAGCAGAGACGUGGCGUUUGUUGGGUUUGCUGCGGCAGCAGCUGCAGCAGGGAGUGCAGCAGAAGGUGCUGCAGCAGAGUCCGCAUUUGCUGCUGCUGUCUCCUUCUUGGUAUCACGACAACCUCAAGCCGCUGCUCGCCUCCUGGCUCUGUCUCUUCUUUAAAAUAAAAAAGAUUAAGGGAAUAACGCAGCAGCAGCAGCAGCAGUACAUCGUGAGUCUACAACAGCAGCAGCAAAAGGAGACAGCUGCUGAAGACAGCAGCAAACGCACCAGCAAAUGCUGCUUCGGUUGCUAG